GAACAGGCCAGAAUUGAAAUUUUAUCAAAAUCCGAGGCCUUUUCUGAAAAUUCAACUGUCGAAAAUUACGACAAGUGUAGCGACUUCCAGCCACGAAGAUCCAGUUUUCUGCUCAGACCUCCAUCGAUACAAAGCUUUCUUCCGGUCUCCUCCGUUAUGGAGAGGCACAUCGAGAUUUUCCUGAAGAGGCUCUCCUACGUCUCCAUACUCAUCGGCACCGUCGCCUUCGUCUUCCUCCUCCUCAAAACCCCCGACACCUGCGUCGCGCCGGACUCUCCCCCGAAGCCCCACCUCCGCUUCCCCAAAUCCUCCUGCGACGCCUCGCCGCGCGUCAUCCUCCCUCUCCACAAGAAGAACAAGCGCCUCUGGUCCACCAAGACCUGGCAGAACAAGGUCCACUCCUUCUCCAACUUCUUUCGCGCAUUUUAUCAAAUGGGUCUCCUGCACAACGAGUCCAAGGUCCUCUGCGUCUCCGCCGGCGCCGGCCACGAGGUCAUGGCGCUGACCCAGUUGGGCGUUGCCGACGUCACCGGAAUUGAGCUCCUCGAGUCGCCUCCGCUGGUGAGCCGGGCGGAUCCCCAUAACUUGCCUUACUUCGAUAAUGUGUUUAAUUUGGGAUUUAGUGCGCAUUUCGCGGAGGCGUUGUUUCCGAACCGGUUCGCUGCGGAGAUGGAGAGGACGGUGAGGGCCGGCGGGGUGUGUGUGGUGGUUGUGGACGAAUGUGGGGAUGAGGAGGUUAGGGAGAUUGUGGAUUUGUUUACGAAUUCGAGGUUUGUUGGUGCUCUUAAUGUUACAUUGACUGGAUUGAGAAUGACAAGAAUUAUUAUGAAAGUUAAGCAUUCACCUUAAUUUCCUUUUGGUAAUUCUCUCUUUGCUUUACAUGUUUAUGUUAUAUGUUUCGAAUUCGAUUUCUUGUUUGUGUGUGAAUUGGUGUUUCUGUCUUAGGAUCUGGGGUUAGUGAGCUACUUAUACUGUGAAUUUGUGAUCUGAAAGCGGAUUAAGCAACUGCGUAAGAACUCGAACGGAUCUAGAUUAAGUUAUAACUCUUGUGAAGAAGUAUGGCAUUGAGAGUGAAUGGUUUCGCUAUGUUGCGUAAGAACUCGAACGGCUCUAGGUUAAGUUUAUAACUAUUGUGAAGAAGUAUGGCAUUGAGAGUGAAUGGUUUUGCUAUGUUGCGUAAGAACUCGAACGGCUCUAGGUGAAGUUUAUAACUGUUGUGAAGAAGUUUGGCAUUGAGAGUGAAUGGUUUCGCUAUGUUGCGUAAGAACUCGAACGGCUCUAGGUUAAGUUUAUAACUGUUGUGAAGAAGUAUGGCAUUGAGAGUGAAUGGUUUCGCUAUGUGCUUUGCUUUCCUCUCAAGUCUCGUUAUUUCGGGCAAGUUUCUCUGUUUUAGUUGUGCUCGUUUGAUCUUCUGUUCUUGUCAAAUGAAAAUUUUGAACUUCGAUCGCUUUCUUUGUCUGCUUGAGAUCACAAAUGCUAGGCACUCUUCGAUUGUAAGGAUCUUAAUGAUGUAUGCAAUUUAGGAUGUUCUUCUUGUUGGAAA